CCGGCGGGCCGAAACUAGGAAGAAACUUGGAGCUGCCCGGGCACCCUUGCCGCCUGUCUCUGCUGCUCCUGUGCCCCGUGGUCCGGGCGGCGCCGGGCUGUCGGAAGCCCCGGCCAUGGGGCAGCCCGGGCCUUCCGCCGUGUAAGGCGCGGGGCCUCCCGCGAGCUCCCCUGACAGGCCGAGGGCGGGCAGGCGGGCAGGCGGGAGGCGUCGUUCCAGCAGCGGUCGGGGCCGCCGCCGCCGGCCUGGGCUCCCGGCAUCAUGAACAUAGACGUGGAGUUCCACAUCCGACACAACUACCCCUGGAGCAAGUUGCCGGCCAACGUGAAGCAGAGUCUUGGAAAUUCACAGAGAGAGUAUGAAAAACAGGUUGUCCUAUACAGCAUCCGCAAUCAGUUACGAUACAGAAAUAACUUAGUUAAACAUGUCAAGAAAGAUGAACGUAAAUACUAUGAGGAACUACUAAAAUAUAGUCGAGAUCAUCUCAUGCUGUACCCUUACCAUUUAUCGGAUAUUAUGGUAAAGGGCCUGAGGAUAACACCAUUUUCAUAUUAUACUGGGAUUAUGGAGGACAUUAUGAACAGUGAGAAAAGUUAUGAUUCUUUGCCCAAUUUUACUGCCGCUGACUGUCUAAGGCUUCUUGGCAUAGGAAGAAACCAGUACAUUGAUUUGAUGAAUCAGUGUAGAUCAUCAAAAAAAUUUUUCAGAAGGAAAACGGCCCGUGAUCUUCUGCCAAUAAAGCCGGUGGAAAUUGCCAUUGAGGCGUGGUGGGUGGUGCAGGCUGCAUAUAUCACAGAAGAUGACAUAAAGAUAUGCACUUUGCCUGAGAAAUGCGCUAUUGAUAAGAUCAUCGACGCAGGCCCUCAGCUCGCUGGAUCACUAGAUUACAAUGUAGUACAUAGUUUAUAUAACAAAGGAUUUAUUUAUCUGGAUGUCCCAAUAUCUGAUGACAGUUGUAUAGCAGUUCCUCCUCUUGAAGGUUUUGUAAUGAAUCGAGUGCAAGGUGAUUAUUUNAUUUUCCUAAUGACUAAUGAUUUAUCACGAUUUCAUCUUAGACAUUUUUGUUUCACAUUGUCAGUCUUUCAUUCUGUAUAUAUUCUUGAUCAUAAUUCAGGUUUUCCCCUGGAUCUGUUACGCUGUGAAAGCCUUCUUGGUUUGGACCCUGCAACUUGCAGCAGAGUGCUAAACAAAAAUUACACACUACUUGUUUCCAUGGCUCCUCUCACCAAUGAAAUUCGGCCUGUCAGCAGCUGCACCCCUCAGCAUAUUGGACCAGCUAUCCCAGAAGUCAGUUCUGUCUGGUUUAAACUGUACAUUUACCAUAUCACUGGGCAGGGACCACCGUCUCUUCUACUCUCCAAAGGUACAAGACUUCGAAAACUGCCAGAGAUAUUCCAGGGUUAUGACCGAUUACUAAUAACAUCUUGGGGCCAUGACCCUGGGGUCGUUCCUACGUCAAAUGUGCUCACGAUGUUGAAUGAUGCUUUAACACAUUCGGCAGUUUUGAUUCAGUCUAGAGAUAGUAAUGCCAUCAGCCUGGGGACACUCACCUUUGCCCUCGUGAGCCUCUCACAGGCAUCUCCUCUUUCUAAACCAGUUUUACUGUUGGACCUACCCUGUGGUUCUCACUGGGACUGCAAGAUGCCCUUUAGCGAUAACCAGAGUACUUUAGAUCCACAAAAGAUGCUCCUCUCAUGGGAUGGCGGGGAAAGGAGGAGUCCUGUACAAGAAGCUUCGUCGGCUACCGACACCGACACAAACAGUCAAGAAGACCCAGGAGAACCUGAUUUGGCUUCUGGCUCAGAUGUGAAUGGGAGUACAGAGUCAUUUGAAAUGGUCAUUGAGGAAGCGACUAUAGAUUCAGCAACUAAGCAAAACUCUGUUGCUGCAACAGAAGCAGAUUGGGUUCCUCUCGAGCUGUGCUUUGGAAUUCCACUGUUUAGUUCUGAAUUAAACCGGAAAGUUUGUAGAAAGAUUGCUACACAUGGUCUUUGCAGGAAAGAGAGGAAAAUGGGGACAAUAAAACUUACCUCACAGAUUGACGCAGAUUAAACAAGGUCAAGUGAAAGCAUCUGAUGCAUAGAAGGUGAACAAAACAUCAUCACCUGCCAAAUACAGCUCAACAUCCUGUUACUGUCAUCUCUGCAGUUGCUGAGUCACCUGCCACAAUGUACCCUUUUAUGAAAAAUAAAAUAUAUAGAUUCAUGAAGAAGUGUGCCAGCCUUUCAGCCAUGCAUCGUUUUCUCUUCAGAGAAUGAGCAGCAAUCAAAUUUCCAGGGUAGUGUGUCCUGCAGGGGGCAUGAAUUGGUCACAGCUCAGUCAGAAGUCCUCCGGGUUGCAGCACCUCCCCGCUGUCUCUGAAUAUAAACAGGAAAACCUGUGGGACUCUCAGAAGGCUCAUGUUUGGGGUUCGAGUAACUUGAAACCUGGGCAGAUAAUUACAUUCCCUCCAAUAUAGCCCUCUAAAUUAACUUGUGCCAAUUGAGAUCACACAAUCCAUUUCAGACGUUAAGAAAAAUGAUGAAAUAAAUUAUUCAUAGAAUCAAAAUAAAAUGUGUUUCUAAAGAGAGGUUACAGAGAAGACGGACUAAAAGAAACCUGGCUAGUUACUCAGGCUAUAGCCUCUUUCACCCUUAAAUCAUUGACCUACCUGGGCUGUAUUUAUAGAACAACCCCUUUCAACCCUUUCCUCUCUCUGACCUCUUCGUGAAAUUGGAAGACUCAGCUACAGUGUGUGUGUGUGUGUGUGUGUGUGUGUGUGUGUGUGUGCGCGCGCGCACGCGCGCAUGCAUGCACGUACACUUACAGACAUCUGAAAUGAACAUUUCCAACACUCCAGGAAGCUUUCCUGCUCCUUCCUAGCUGAUGUCCCCCUCCAGAGGUAACUCCUAUUCUGACCUUGAUCACCUAACUCGUGUGUAUCUUUGAAUUUCACAUACGUGGAAUCAUAUAGUUUGUGCUCUGUUGUAUCUGGCUUAUUUUUGCUCAUCAAUAUGUAUGUUAGGCUAAUCCAUAUUGCUGCUUGUAGUCAUGGUUUUUUCUUUUUAAUAGAAUUUAUUUUUUUAGAGCAGUUUUCGGCUCACAGCAAAACUGAGUAGAUGGUACGGAGAGUUCCCUUAUACCCCCAUCCCCAGACAUGCACAGCCUCCCCCACUAUCAACAUUGCACCACACCGGUACAUUUGUUAUACUUGAUGAAUCUACAUUGACACAUCAUUAAUCAUGGGAAAGUCCAAAGUUGACAUUAGGGUUCACUCCUGGUGUUGAACAUUCUAUGGGUUUGCACAAAUGCAUAAUAAUAUGUAUCCAUCAUUAUGGUAUCAUCCAGAAUAUUUUCACUGCCUUAAAAAUCCUCUGUGCUCCUCCUAUUGGGCCUGUUCUCCCCGCCAACACCUAGGAACCACUGCUCUUUUGGCUGCCACCAUAGUCUUGCCUUUCCUGAAUGUCAUAUAGUUGGAACCAUACAGUGUGUCGCCUUUUUAAGUUGGCUUC